GCGCCGCCGCUGAUGUGCCGGUUUGAGCUGCUGAGUGUUUUGAUUGUUUUCUUCCAAGAGCGUUUCCAGCGCCGAAAUCCGCCUAUACAUGACGAAUAUAAAAAGAGAGGAAGGGGUAAAUACCGAACUACAACUGCCGCAAUGCUCCACGAAAUCCUCCUAUCCCUCUCGGGCCAUCCCUCCCCGCUCUUCGAUUCCCCAAACACCACCAAAGGGCUAGACACCGAGUCCUUCCCCCUCCUCUCUCCACCUGAAGCGGAGCUUCUGUCAUCCAUUGGAGCUCUGUCCAAACUUCAUCGUCAGACUCGUGAACAUGCUUCACGAAUAUCCUCAAUACAUCCCUCCACGAUAUGUCGCGCCGUGGCUACCGCAAUAGCAUCCUCACAACUCGCGAAAUUCCAGCAGAAGAUAUUGGACGUGGAGCGUAGGAUCCUGAAGAGAGAUGCGAGUACAGUUGGAGCGUAUAACAUUGUGCCGUUAGCAGGCAUUGUGGGCGAGUUCGACGAAUGGACGAGGUUGAUGGAGUGGCUAUGGACGCUCGAAAACUUUAUGCUGCGCCCUGGCCUUGCGGAGAAGAAUAUUAAAGGGGUUAUCAGAGAGGAUAUCAUGUCUUCUGGGGCCGGAAUUAUCGACAAACUCCGGCAGGAAGCUCAGACAGGCUAUCCAGAUAUCGAAGAGGCCGCUGUAGAGUUAGGCAAAGUUGCGGAGACUGCAUGGCUGCGACAAUUGUCGACUUGGGUGCUUUAUGGCCGAUUACCGACGUUCGGAACCUCAGAUUUCUUCAUCCAAUGGUCAGAUGACGAUGAGGAAAGUCACUUCGUUGUACGCAACGAGAGCCUUCCGAAAUUCGUAUCUCGACAAACAGCAGCGUCCAUGCUAUUCGUUGGAAAGUCGCUCAAUCAAAUUCGCUCUCUCGAAAGCGCUUCAAAGGCUCCUGCUACACGCUCAUCUAGAGCAUCAGAGCUCGAGCUUCUCCCGUUACAUCUUCAGCAUCUCUCGCCAGUCACGACUCCCAUUUCAUCCUCCCUGCUCUCAGAGGCAAUUACAGCCAUUCGGCUUUCCCUAUCCCGCAACAUGCUGCAGCAUUUGCUCCCUUUACCUAAGAUCAUCGAGCUCCUGUCCCUGCUUCAAGAGUUCUUCCUCCUUGGAAGGGGCGAGUUUGCUGUGGCUUUGAUUACGGAGGCUGAUGAGAAGAUUCGAUCACGUCACACCGUGCCUGGGCAAACUUCACAGCGCAAACAGGGCUUGCAAGGUGUUUUACUAAAAGAAGGGGAGAUCACUGCUGUCUUAGCUCGAGCGUGGUCGGUUCUAUCAAGCUUGAGCGGUGAGGAGGACCAUGCCGACGACUCGUUAGACCUCGCAAUGGAUCUGGUGCACUUGAGCAUACACAAGCCUACCGCCAAUCGCCCAGGCACACCUGGUCGAGCACGAGAAUCAUCCUCGUCAGCUCCCAAGAUAUCCAGUGUCGUCUUCAACGACUUCUUGCUUUCUAUACCUACCACUCUGACUUUGGACAUUCGCUCCCCACUGGAUCUCUUCAUAGUAAACUCGGAUCUGGACAUAUACUCCUCUAUCAACGCCUACCUGCUAUCAGUACGCCGCGGCCACCUUCGUGUCGCCGACCUAUGGAGGCAAAGCUCCAUCCGAAGAGAGCAUCCAGCUCCCCCGGCUCCCCAAUUCAGCUCAACACUCUCCGGCAAGGCCAUCUUACGCAAGCGUCGCCAAAGAGCCGAUGCCCGCGGCCGCGAAAUGCGAAAGGUCUGGGCCACCUGCGGUGCCGCUAUCUUCUUCCUCUCCGAAGCCGGCGCCUACUUCGAGGUCGAGGUCGUGCAGGAGAGCUGGAAGCACUUCCGCGACUGGAUACUGCAGCCCGAAAGCUCACCACAGCGCCCACCCUCCUCCUUAACCGACCGCCCUCGCUCCUCCACGGAUAGAUCCGCCGUCUUCACCCCUCCAUACUCACCCGCGGCGAGUCUCAACCGGAAUAUAAACAUCCCCAUAACCGAGCGACCUAGCUCCAAAGACGGCACCUCUACCCCCCACGACCCCGAAACCCUUGCGUCCGCCCACCGCGCCUUCCUCGCCUCGCUCGCGUACUCCCUUCUCCUAACCGACUUCCUCUUCACAACCGCCCUGCGCGAGUUCCUCAUCCACGUCGACGAGCUGGUCGCGUACAUCACGCGGUUGCAGCUCGUGCAGCAGAACCUCGACCUCGAAGACGACGGCAUCGUGGACGCGAUGGCGGACUACGCGAAGGAAGAGCGGGAGGUCGCGCUGCAGCUGGACCGCGCGCGGAAGCGGGUGGAUAGUGACUUAAAGGGGCUAGUGGGGCGACUGAGGGAGGUGGAUGCGGAGAGGAUGGGUGGGGGGUCUGGGACGGGCGUGGUGGGCGGCGAGGGGGCGGGUGGCGGGGCGGCGUAUGAGCCGUGGAGGGUUGGUGGGGUGGACCGGUUGCUUAUGAAGCUGGAUUGGGGAGAGGAAGGGAGCGAGGACGAGGAGGAGUGGGAGGGGGCGUGA